GCGACAAGCAAUUCUACAGUCAACCCCCGCGACUUUCUGCCGACACGCACAAUGCUCGACGACGAGCACAGGUGCUUCGUUGAGCUGAGCGAGAUGGCCCGACACUAUGACGACCACAUGUUGCCGCUGUGUGCCACGCUUGACAGCGUGUGUCCGCAGGCGACCAAAAUCGCCCAGAUCCAGUGCAUCCCAAUUAUCGGCAACCUAGUCGUGUUUGGUUUGUCCAUGCGUUUUGCGCUUCGCACAUUGCACUUCAGGUGCUUCCAGAGACACCCAAUUUGGUCAAUGCUGCCGGUGAUUCUGGUGGUCUUCGUUCUAGGUUUUAUCCCGUUUGUAGGUGUCUGGGCUACGUUUAAGCUGCGUCCAAUCUACAGGGCGUGGCUGAUAUUUAGCAAGGCCAUCGACGAGGCUAAUCUUAUUCCGGGACCGUCGACGAGAGGCAUGCAAGCUGAGUAUCCAUCGCAUACGGCUGAUGUUGUGUCCAAGGAGGAUGCGGUCGAGAGCGGUGUGGCAGAGCAUUACGACUUGGCAGCGGUCAUUGAUGAGUACAGCGACUUCACGCAUUUCUCUUACCUUGGAGAUACCGGUUCAGGCACGCCGACUACUUCCUGGACAAACUCCACUGCUGCUUCGCGGUCUGUUAGCCAUGCCAUUACCAUGACCAAGCUGGAGGGCAUGGGGCGCAAAGCACACCCCGACUGAAAAUGCGAACCAUUCGUGGCUUCCUUCACACAAAGAAAAACAAUUCCCUGUAUUAAAAUGUG